GCUUCACACUCCUGGACUCAGACAUGCGCUGGAAAAGUGAAGUCAAAGUAGAGUGUUGCGUUGUUAACGAGGCUGCAAACGGAUCUCUUUUGUCCAGCGAUGAGGGCGCGCCGGGGGAAGUUUUGGAUGAGGACGCGUCGUCACUGCAGGCGAUGGCAUCUGCACCUCUGUUAGGCAGAGCGGUGUGUGCGAGCUGCAACGACGAAAUUGUAGAUAAAUAUUUGUUGAAGGUUAACGACUUGUGCUGGCAUGUGCGCUGUCUCUCGUGCAGUGUGUGCCAGACUUCACUUGGCAGCCACACGAGCUGUUACAUCAAAGAGAAAGAGGUUUUUUGUAAACUGGAUUAUUUCAGAAGAUACGGGACCUGGUGCGCGUGCUGCGGCAGGAACAUCCACUCCACCGACUGGGUCCGCCGCGCUAAAGGCAACGUGUACCACCUGGCCUGCUUCGCCUGCUUCUCCUGCAAGAGGCAGCUGUCCACCGGGGAGGAGUUCGCGCUGGUGGAGGAGAAGGUGCUCUGCAGGGUCCACUACGACUGCAUGCUGGACAACCUCAAGCGGGCCGUGGAGAAGGGGAACAGUGUUAACAUGGAGGGGGCCGUGCCCACUGAGCAGGAGAUUAACCAGCCAAAACCCUCCAAGAGAGCACGGACCAGCUUCACUGCCGACCAGCUGCAGGUGAUGCAGGCCCAGUUUGCUCAGGACAACAAUCCAGAUGCCCAAACGCUGCAGAAACUGGCAGAGCAGACGGGCCUCAGUCGAAGAGUCAUACAGGUCUGGUUCCAGAACUGCAGAGCACGCCACAAGAAGCACGUAAGCCCCAACCACACCUCCAGCACCCCGAUGACCUCACUGCAGUCCAGCCGCCUCUCCCAGCCCACCCCGACCCCCGAGGAGCUGCAGUACACAGCUUACGGAGGCCCGGAGGGAUCAAUGCUCUCUGCACUACACUCUUUCAUAGACAUACACUCCCCUCCAUCCAUGUUUCAACCGCUGCUGCCAGCCCACGCCAUGACCUCGCUGCCUGUGUCUCAUGCCUGA